AUAUUCCCUACUGAUUUGUAUCAAGUGAGUCCAAAAUUCUGGUUUUUUUUUGGAAAUAAUAUGAACUUGCAUGUGAUCAAAUGUUUAACACAAAAUAGGCAGUAAAAAUAGUGAUAAGGUUAGCUCAAGUUUUGGAUCCACCAAAUUUACCCAAUUAACUAUAUGCUUCCUCUUUUAACCAUGUCUAUAGACUCUAAACCCACUUUUCUCUAAGGGUAUCAUGGUAAUUGAAAUAGAAGGUGGGGUCCGGCUGAGUAAGGCCAAUAGGGUGACUGGGUGAGCGAGUUCGGAGUUGAACUUCUUUCCAGCUGUUGUACUCAACCCAUUAUACAGCAGCGGUUUGCUUGUUUCUUCACCUUCAACAAGGCUUUGGUGGCAUGAUAUCUGAUAGCUAAUUUGCAAGCAGGACCACCUUGCAAUAGGGACUUCAGGUGACAAUGGAAAGCCAUGACAGCGAUGAGAUUCAUAAUUGUGUGAUCAAGCUGCGAGUGAAUCCUCAAAAACGAAGGGAAAAGGUUUGCAUUGGCUGUGGAGCUGGGUUUGGAGGUGACAGGCCAUUGGCAGCUCUGAAGUUGCUUCAGAGAGUCAAAGACCUAAACUAUCUUGUAUUGGAAUGCCUAGCUGAACGUACGCUUGCUGAGCGAUAUCAAGUUAUGGUUUCUGGUGGUGAUGGUUAUGAUUCACGGAUUUCAGAAUGGAUGCGAUUGCUCCUACCUUUGGCUAUGGAGAGACGAAUUUGCAUAAUUACAAACAUGGGUGCAAUGGAUCCCUGUGGUGCCCAAGAAAAGGUUUUAGAAAUAGCUAGCAGCUUGAGGCUUAGUGUCUCCGUUGCUGUGGCUCAUGAGAUUGUUGUCAAAACAUCAGGUUCAGGGAACACAUAUUUAAUGGAAGGUGGUAUUAGCACAUAUCUGGGAGCAGCUCCUAUAGUGGAAUGUUUGGAAAAGUACCAGCCAAAUGUGAUAAUUACAUCAAGAGUUGCAGAUGCUGCCUUAUUCUUAGCGCCAAUGGUUUAUGAACUAGGUUGGAAUUGGGACGACUUAAAGCAGUUAGCACAGGGGUCUCUGGCUGGCCACCUUCUAGAGUGUGGUUGUCAACUCACAGGGGGAUAUUUCAUGCAUCCAGGAGACAAGUAUCGUGACAUAUCUUUCCCUCAGCUCCUAGAUCUGUCACUUCCUUAUGCUGAAGUCAGUUUUAAUGGAAAUGUGUGUGUAGCAAAGGCAGAAGGUAGUGGUGGGGUAUUAAAUGUCAGUACCUGUGCUGAACAGCUUCUUUAUGAGAUUGGCGAUCCUGGUGCUUAUGUCACCCCCGAUGUGAUCAUUGAUAUUCGUGAUGUUUCAUUCCACCCAUUAUCAAGGUCUAAGGUACUCUGUGCUGGGGCAAAGCCAUCUGCUGCAUCAGUGCCUAAUAAACUCCUGCAGUUGGUUCCAAAGGACUGUGGAUGGAAAGGAUGGGGAGAGAUAUCCUAUGGAGGAUCCGUUUGUGUUAAACGCGCUAAAGCUGCUGAAUUUCUGGUUAGAUCAUGGGUGGAAGAAGUAUAUCCUGGUGUUAGCCGCCAUAUACUUUCUUAUAUAAUUGGACUUGAUAGCCUGAAGGCAACUAGCAUUGAUGACAAUGCUUCAUGGUGGAACACUAGUGAAGAUAUUAGGUUACGUAUGGAUGGUUUAUUUGAGUUGAAGGAACAUGCAAUCCAAUUUGCUAGAGAGUUUACAGCUUUAUAUACAAAUGGACCUGCCGGUGGUGGUGGCAUCAGCACUGGGCACAAGAAAGAGAUUGUUCUUGAGAAACAAUUGGUUGAUCGCGAACAUGUUCUAUGGCGAACUGGAGUAAAACAGACCCUAGUAAUAGAAUCCAACAACCAAGGAACUGGCUCUGAAGAUCUGACAAAACCCCAUGUUUUGCAUGAAUCCGAAUUGCCACCGACAACGCAUGCCGAUGCCAAGAUCAACCCCUCUCCUGCUCCAUAUGGCGAGAAGAUUCCACUCUAUGAUGUAGCACAUAGCAGAGUUGGUGACAAAGGAAAUGACUUGAACUUCUCCAUCAUCCCACAUUUCGCUCCAGAUAUUGAGAGGCUCAAGCUGAUCAUAACACCCAAAUGGGUAAAGGAAGCGGUCUCAACUCUUCUAAGUACCUCUUCAUUUCCCAAUUCAGAUGCCAAUGAUAAGGAAAAAUGUGUGGAUGAACAUGUCAAGGUGGAAAUAUAUGAAGUUGAGGGAAUACAGUCUUUGAAUGUAGUGGUAAGAAACAUUCUAGAUGGUGGUGUCAACUGCUCUCGGAGAAUUGACAGGCAUGGAAAGACCAUCUCAGAUCUCAUUUUGUGUCAGCGAGUCAUAUUGCCUCCCUAAUUAGCUGGCUUCCUUCCCCUAUUAUUAUUGUCAAUCUGUUAUACACAAAUCUAAUGGUAAACUUUGUCUUCCAAAUAAGUGUUAUGAAACUUUGCCUUUGGAGCUACAAUUUGAAUGUAUAUUUUUUUUUUUUUCGAUGAAUGAAAUCUUUAUUGAUCAACAACCAA